GAAAUUUGUACGAACAUAUGUAUAUAUAUAUAUAUAAUAUGUAUACAUAUAUAUACAAAUCUAACAUAAAGAAGAAGAGAUGAAUGCGCUUCUAUAUAAUGCUUAUCGUUGACGAGGAACGUAGACCGGCAUAUUUGAUAGCGUCGCUAGCAAAUGAGGGGGAGCUUGGUUUAAAACAAGGAGGUUAUCGGAUUAUUACGCGCAAAGCAUCGCAUGUAACGUCGCGUCGCGUUUUCCAAUGUCAUGCGCCAUUUUUCAUUUUCUUUUUUAAUCUUUUUAUUUUUUUUUCCUUGCAUUCAUUUCCCCUCCUCCUCCCCCCCUUUUUUUGUUCAAAAUCGAUCGAUCAUCAAAGUUCGUAAGAAAUUUAUUGGAAUAUCAAUUCUCUCUCCAAAAUGAUUCUAUUCGAUUCUUAUUUCUUAUUGUUCUAUCUCUUUCUAUUUUGACAUUGAAGAAGAUAAAAGAUAUCAUUGGCCAACGACACUUUUUUAUCGCUCUUGUGACUCUUUAAAUAUUUGCGUCUACAAUGGUAUCUUAAAAAAUCAUACGAAGUUUUAGAUACUAUUAUUGCUAAUGAUCGAUAUAUGUCAAAGUAAUCGAGUUUAGAAAAUUUAUAGAGGGCGUGCAUAGUACAACUAUGUAUGUUUCAUCAUCGAUUUUUAUCGGACUACCGUGAUAGAAAGAUAUGUAAAUACGCGUCGAUUGUAAAAUAUAUUCUUCUAUUUGUAACGGAUAUAAUAUUUUUUAUGUGUACGUGGGUAUGUACGUUCGUAUGCGUAUUGAAAUUGAAGUUAAAAAAGAGAGUAAAAUAGUGAAGUUGCAAAAGGAGAUUAAAGUUAUAGAAGGUAUUGAAGAUUAAUAUUAAGAAGAAGUUAAAGUUAGAGAAGAGAGUGAAGUUAAAGAAGAAAUCGAAGUUAAAAAGGAGUAGAUGAGUUGUGGCAGUAAUGCCCCCAUCGGAGGAGGAAAGCCAGUGGCUCGUUGGCAGCGGGGGUGGUGUAACGUCCUCCAGUGGUGGUGCGACGAUAACCGGAACUGGAGAUCGUUCCUUGAAUAUUAGGGGUGGCCUUUACACCGAAGAAAUGACGACACAAACAGCUAAUUCGGCCAAUGCCACCGCUAACGCCCCCUCGGCCGAUUCCGCCGAGCAUGAUUUGAUCGACUCAACGGCAGAUGCUACACUCCUCGCACAAUUUCAUGAGGAUGCAAUAAAGCAGGCUGGCGUUGGUUACUUCCAAUUAUUAGCAACAUUGUGUACAGGUCUAAGUUUAGCUGCUGAUACUGUUGAAUUUUUUGUUGUCCCAUAUAUAUUACCAAGUGCUGAAGUUGAACUAUGUAUUGAAGAUAAUGAAAAAGGAUGGCUUGCCAAUAUUACUCUCAUGGGUCUUGCACUGGGAGGAUUAUUUUGGGGAGGUCUUGGAGACAGAAUCGGAAGGCAUAGAUCAUUAUUAUCAGCCAUGUCGGUACAUGCUUUAUUUAGUGGUGUAGCUACAUUUAUGCCAACAUAUGGUACUUUUAUGACAGCAAGAUUCUGUUCAGCAAUUGGAGUGGGAGGAUCUGUUCCUUUAGCAUUUGCAUAUCUCGCAGAGUGUUGUCCAAGAUUGAGCAGAGGUCGAUGGACCGGUAUACUUGUAGCAACAGGAGCAUUAGGUGGCGUAUAUGCGGCUCUCUUAGCAUGGACAAUUGUACCAACAACUGGAGAGAUGGUUGUUCUGGAAAACAAGGAACACUUUAGUGCCUGGCAUCGUUUUCUAUUAUUAUGUUGUUUACCUGCUUUAUGUUCUACUAUUGGACUCAUCUUUCUACCAGAAAGUCCAAGAUAUCUUGUUGAGGCAGGAAGAGAUGUUGAAGCUAUGAUGGUUUAUCAGAGAAUAUAUAAAAAGAAUAAUGCACGAAAAGGGGCUGCAGGUGCACAGUACCAACUCUCUGAACUAGAACUUCCAACUAAACGGCCACGUGGUUUGGCACCUCCAUCACCUAGUACUCAUACUAGCGUUUUGGCAGAUAUAAUGUACUCAGUUGAAAUGUUUUGGAGUUCCUUUCUGGAAUUAUUUGCAGCACCACAUUUACGUGUAACUUUAGUGCUUUUACUUAUUUGGUCAACUGCAUCAUUUGGUUUAUAUGGUCUUAUGGUAUGGUGUCCAGAAUAUCUUAAACUUAUAAGAGCUACAGAGUAUGAAGCUCAUACUGUACAAUUUGUUGGAAAAGAUUAUAAUAAUGAAAUAUUUAGUGGUUCUAUGGAAAAUUGCCAAUAUAAAGAUUCAACAUUUUCAUACUGCAAGUUUACAAAAAUAGUACUCAGUCAUGUUGACUUUGACAAUUGUACUUUCCAGUUUGUAGAAUUUAGCAGUAUAAAAUCUAGUAAAACUCAUUUUACAGACAGUAUUAUUGUGCAUUCAAAAUUUGUAGAUACAGAUCUGUCAUCCCAAGCUUUCACAAGAUGUGAAUUACGUAACAAUACAAAGCUGAGUCUUAGUGGUCCAUGUCCAACUCUUGAUCUUGAUUAUAAUAUUUAUAUUGAAGAAGCAUUACAUGGUCAUCUGGUUGCGCAAUUGGCUUUUAUACCUGCAGCUACAUUAGCAGGACUUGCACUUACAGUUUUACAACGACCAAAAAUGAUAGGGAUCUCUUUAUUUUUCUCUUCUGUUGCGGCACUCUGCCUAAUACUAGUUGGUACAAAUAGUUCUGCAGUUUUAGGAUUUGAAGGAGGAUUUAUAGCAGUUUUUACAAUUGCCUGGACAUCACUUAUUUUGGUUACAAUUGAGAGCUUUCCUACACAUUUAAGAUGCACUGGCUUUGGCUUUAUUGCAGCCGUCAUAAGAAUAUCGGGUCUCAUAGGGACUAUAACUUAUCAAACAUUAAUUGGUGCACCUUUAGUUGCACCAGCAUUGCUUACUGCUUCGACAUUGCUCAUAGCUAGUAUUACAACUUUGGAUUUGCCUCACACUCAUUCGGUAUUUUUAUAAAUACCACACAGUUAAAUACAACAUGAAAGAUAGAAUGGUAAAUAGAAGUAGAAUAUAUAAACAGGAGUUAUAAGUGCAACGCAUUGGUACUUGUGAUUAUUAGUAUCAACAUUUGGUAUUAAUGUAAAAACAAUUUUUAACAUGUACUAUGAUAAUAUAAUAAUUAUUUUAUUGAAAUUUAAAGAUAUAAUAAUGAAAACAUGGAGAAAAUAAUUUGAGCAUAGUGUGGAACAUUGAAAAGCACUUUGUAAAAAAUUGGUUUUUACAAAGUCCAUUAUAUGGCAAGAAAUAGAUAUUUCUUUCUUUGUAAUCCAGAUUCCGUACAAAGUGACAUAUCUUAAAGCUAUAACGAAGUGUGUGUAUAUGUUGUAUAUGCAAAUGUUUGAAGAACUAAAGCGCACAGAGAAUUAAUGGAAAUUUUUGAACGGUAGUGAAAAGACUUUCUGUGGAGUAAAGUGUGUGUGUACCGUAUGUAUGUGCAUUGAAGAGAUCAAUGAAACUUUCUAUGUUGGAAAGUGUAAAGAAGAGAGAAGUUUAAAUACAGAAAAGUUAUAAAUCCAAGUGACGUAAGGAAAUUAUCAUAAAGAGUUGGAAGUUAAUAACAGUCCUUAAGAGAAUACUAAGGUAAAGUUUCAAUAGCUCAAUGAUGUAUAAAAUUAUGCUAUUUACAGACAUAUAUUGACAGAAGUGUUCUAUUAAGGGAUUCUUUGCGAAGUGUGUCAAUUCUAAUGAAUACAAUUAAUUGAGCAUUAAAACAUAACACUUCACCGAGCUAGAAGAGAAAAAAAGAGAAAUAAUGAAUCACUAAAUACUGAAUAUUAAGAUAUAUUACGAAAUAUAUUUGAAUGCAAAUAAGAUUCAUGAGGAAUGUUUAAUUUCACUAGUCAAACAAACAAAAUUGUACAAUAUUGGAAAUUCUGCAGUGUUUUAUUCUGCAGCGAAGCAUAUAAAUGAAAAGACAAAUUCUAACAUUCGCAUGAGAUUUUUUUCAUAUUUGUCAUAUGAAACAUGGAUAGAUAUGUUUUUUUUUUUUUUUUUUUUUUUUUUUUUGGAAAACUUAUUUCUAGUAUGCCAAAAGAGUUGUAUGAUGGAAGAUUAUUAUUGAACAGAAAUCUACAUACAGCAAAGUUCUCCAUGAAAAACAUAAAGUGUAUAUCCAGUACUUCCGCUUCAUACCGAUUACUAGUUCAUAGUAGCUAUGUAAGCAAAAGAUUAGUAAAAAGUAAUCAAGAGGCAUUAUCAAUAUAAUAUAAACGCUGCCGCAUAAAUCUUAAAUUUUUAGUUAAAGAUUUCAGUCAUCAGCAUUGUUAGUAUAAAUUCAAGAGAUUAUUGCCUCUAGUCAAUUUAAUCUUUAUUAAAAGCAAUGAUGUGUUAAAUAAUGAAAUGUCUCUAAUUGUCCAAUAUAGAUGCACAUGUAAUAGAAUGUUUUUUUUUUUUUCGGAAUAUAUAUAAAUUAUAUAUUAACAAAUACUCUAUAAUAGAGUCAUGAUAAUUACUUUUAUAGUUAUUUGUAUUUUGCAAUCUUUAUAAUCAAUUGGUAUGAAAUAUAACAAAGACAUACGAAAAAAAAUAAGGUUCCUUGGAAACAGUACACAUUAUUUCUAGGCUGUAAGAAUAUCAGCCUGUCAAGAACAAAAUAAUAAUACUCUAUUAGGUGUGAGGACUUAAAAUAUUUCAUCGAGUACUUGGAGAAAUUUAUUGAGACAAAGAAAACUAGACAUUUACGUCCCAUCAUGGUUAGUGAAUUUUUUCAUAUCAAAUUGUUGUCUUGUAAUUUAUGCGAGAUUAUUAUACUGGACCUGGUUUUUCAAAUGGUAUUGUCAUGAUAUGGAAAUAAAUAUUUAAUAGGAUAAAUAUUUAAACAUUCCAUUUUACUCUUGGAAUAUUAUUUUCAAAAUCAUAUUCUUUUAGUCAUGAAAUUCAUUUCUAUUUACAUAUAUUACCAUUCUGAACCUGGUCGUGAAGCUUGUGCUGUGUAUAUGAAUAUUAUUAAAACAUUUAAGAUUAGCACAAGUAUAGAAUAUAAAAAUAAAAUAUAGAAUUUCUUUUAAUUGGCACGUGCAGUUUCACACAAUUAAAUCGAUGCUAUAUCAUUGAAAUUUAUCAUUGCCUAUAGAAUAAUAUACUUUUAUUAACAUAUCAUACUUAUGUGCUAGCACUAUAGAUGAAUAGAUUUUCAAUUAGGCUGCAAAUCAGAAUACAUAGAAAUACAUAUCAGUAAUUGCAUGGGAUAAAUUUUGGAAUUUAUAACAAUCUUCAAAUUUACUGGUAUGAUAUUUCUUAAAUUUACAUUUUAGAUAUUUUUUUAGUAAGAUGGAUUAGUUAGUAAUACAUAUAUAUUCUUUUUUUAUACAGUUGAUUAUCAACCGGUCGAUAUGUUGUAUCAAUUAAUAUUUAUUAAAUAUUUUAAUUUGUUAAAAAGAGUAAAUAAUUUGUUAAUAUUAACAGCAAUUAAAUAAGAAGAAGAGCCAUAAAUUGUACAAAUCAUAGCAAAUAACAUAUUAUUUACGUUGCUAUGUGCAAUAAUAGGUUUAUGUUGAAAAUAUUCAUACUCUGUUAUUCUAAUCAUAAUAACCCAUAUAAAUGCAUUUACGUCGAUAAUUGUCAUAUACCUAUUUAAAAUAGACUGAAAAAUCAGGAUCAGUUGAUAAUCACUGUGCGUUGCGAAGAGACUGUACUUUCAAGUUUAUAAUAGUUAAUAAAUAUAAAUUAAGACUUUGCGUACAUAUCUAAAUAAUAAUAGCAGUGUAAGUAGACCAAAAAUGCUGGUUUUAAAAAUUUGAUCUUGCUUGCAUUAUCUGUUGAAUAAUAUUUAGGAGCAUUUUAAGAUAUUCAUUUAUUGCAUAAGGUUUAUCAUAUUUAAUUGCAAUACAUUAAUCGAAUGAUAGAAUUCAUAACAUUUGUUCUAUUGCAACGAGAUUAGUAGAUUAUUGAUAAAAAAAUUUUCCAAUGUUAACGAAAAAUUUUGUAAAUAACAACGCAAUCAAAUUUUUAAAUUCGAUCAAUUAAAGAUGCAUUGUAAUAGCAGAUGCAAGUAUAUUCGGCGGAUCAUCCAAUCAGUAUUUAAUCAAAUUAAGAAUUUAUUUGUUUAAUAAUUAUUAAUUAUCUAUUAUGUUAAAAAUACAUUAUUAAUUAAUUUUAUAUGGUUUUAAUGAAAAUGAUAAUAUGCGUUGUUAAUUAACAUUUUAUACACGUUGCUUCUACGAAAAUGUAAAUUUCGAUAUUGUAAUCUUUUGGUCAUAUUUAUAACGAGCUCUCAAAUUAUACUCAUGUAUUUCUUUUAACAAUUAAACUAUCGCCGAUUAAAUUUUCAAAUAAUUAUAUUCUUGCGGAAAAUGUAGAAUUUACAUACCUAUAUAAACGUAAAUAGUCAGCUUAUAUUUCUACAACCAAGUAAUUUCUCUCAAUUGAAAAAAAAAAUGUAGUCAAUAAGAUUAAUCUUUUUGCAGAAAUCAGCGUAAAUUAUUAUAAAAACAUUGAAUGUAAUGGAGUUAAAAAGAAAUGAAACUGAUCGUCU